AUGGCUACUGCUCAGCUUCUUCACUCCAGCAGAGUUCGUAAAACAUCUAAGGAAACUAUUUUCCCAUCCCAGGUCACUAAUGAGAAUGAAUCAUUGAUAAUGGUGAAGAAACUGUUUGCAGCCUGUGUCUCAUGUAUAACAUAUCUAAGGGGCCUGUUUCCUGAGAGCUCUUAUGGAGAGCGCCAUUUGGAUGAUUUCAUCUUAAAAAUCCUCCGAGAAGACAAAAGAUGUCCUGGGUCACUGCAUAUUAUCAGAUGGAUUCAAGGUUGUUUUGAUGCUUUGGAAAAGAGAUACCUACAGAUGGCAAUACUUACACUUUACACAAAUCCCAGGGAACCUGAGAAGGUGAUUGAGAUAUACCAGUUCAAAUUCAAAUAUACGAAAAAAGGAGUUACUAUGGAUUUUGACAGCAGUAAUUCAAGCUUUGAAAGUAGGGCAAAGAAUGAAAAUGCGAAGAAAGUCAGCAUUCUCCUGCUCCGUAAACUGUACAUGCUGAUGCAGGACCUGGGGCCCCUUCCUAACAACGUGAUUCUCUCUAUGAGACUCCACUACUAUAACGCAGUGACCCCACACGAUUACCAACCCCCAGGUUUUAAAGAAGGAGUGAACUCGCACUACUUGCUGUUUGAGGGGGAACCUGCCAGCAUUCAGGUUGGGUUGGCCUCCACCAGCUUUCACAGUAUGAAAGUCAAAGUGACAACUGAGGCCACCAGAGUGUCUGAGUUGGACAACAAUCUCUUCUACAAGAACAACACGACUGAGAUUGUCCAUCAGGGUCUGGACUGCGAUGAGGAAGAAGAGGCAUGCAGCAGUCAAAUUCAAAGAAUGAAUUUUGAGUACAGUCAGCAAAGUUCCGAGAGCUCCAGGAAGAAGAAGAAGAUCAGCGAACCAGUGAAAGUCUUCAGUCCUCACAGCAAAUGA